AUGUCCAUACCAAGGAUGGUAAAAAUGUACCUUCUUAGCCUUUUCUUCUUGGUAUCUAUGGUGGCCAAAAGCCAUCAGUUAACGUGCCAGAAUGAUCUUCGACGGCCAGAAUACAGUGACAUCUCAGUUGAAUGUGGCACCUCCUCAAUUAGCCUGGCUAUCCUUAUCUGCCCUGUUGUCUACACUGGCUACAAUGAGUCAUUGCUCAUCCUCAACCACAUUUUCAACAUGCCAGAGUGUAAAGGAACCUUUGAUGAGUCCGUCACCCCGCCUGUUGUCAGGUUCACCUUCCCCCUCAACAUGACCAACGCUUGUGGAAGCAACUUCCUGACCACCAGUGCAGCUGGCACAGGGAUGUUUGCUGACUUCUCCAACAUCCAUGGUGCGGUGCGCUCCCAUGAUCCAACCACGGGAGUAGUCACCUAUAACGCUGAGCUCAAAUAUUAUUAUUCCUGUGCUUACCCUCUUGAGUAUCUCAUCAACAACACCCAGGUGGAAGUGCCAGCAUCUUCCAUUGCAGUUACGGACAAAAAUGGAACCUUCGUCAGUACUUUGACAAUGGAAAUCUUUAAUGACGCAAACUACACAACUCCUCUGGACAUACCGCCACUGGGAUUAGAGCUGAGGACCACCAUCUUUGUCCAGGUUCAAGCAGAAAACCUGACAGCUCAGUACCAUGUCCUUUUGGACCGAUGCUAUGCUUCCAUCGCUCCUAAUCCCACAAACUCCACCUUCUUCAAUCUGUUUGUCCCGUGCUCUAGCGAUCCGAUGACCACCGUGUAUGAGAACGGGAAUGGUCACCAAUCCCGUUUCUCCUUCCCGGCCUUCAGGUUCGUUGAACAGCAGAACCAGACAGUGUCCACUUAUUACCUACACUGUAUCACCAGGCAGCACAGAAAAUUCGAGUUUCCUAAGACACUGACAUCUAAGGAGGAAGCUGUAUCCGGCACUAAAUCGGACUCAGACUCCAGGAUGGGUCUCCGGAUAGCUAGUGGUGUCCUCACUCUGGCCGUCAUUGUGGUUGUGGCUGCAGCAGCCAUCUUCUACAGGAGGAACAGAGUCUUUUAA